AUGUACAAUAACAAUAGAGAAUUGAUUUUUAAUAUGUCAAUUCAUGAAGAAUAUUUAAAAAAUCUUUUUAGGGAAUCAGUAAAAGAAUUAAAAUAUUUUAAUACACAAACAAAUUCAAUCUUUUUAUGUGGUUUGUAUUGGUUUUUGAGUUCAUAUACAUUGAUAAACAUGAAUAUAAAGGAUAAUGAAAUUAUUAUAAAGUAUAUAAUUGAUAUUCUUACUAAAUGUGAGAUUAAAAUAGAUGAGGAUUUAAUAAAUCAAGAAAUAAAUGGAUAUUUGAUGAGUCCAAAUCUUCCAACAUCACCAAAUAUACUAGCAACAUUAAGUGGUUUACAGGUUAUUCACUUACUCAAAAUAUUAGGUGUGAAUAACUAUGUAAGUAAUUUGGAUAAAGAUAAAAUUAUACUUUUUAUUUCAUCUCUUUGCCACUUUAGAGGAAAGUAUUGCUUUUAUUCUAAUUCAUUAGACUCAAUUAAAACAGAAGAUAUUCGUUUUACAUACUCAUCAUUAGCUUCGCUACAUUUACUAUUUAUAUAUGGAAAGGAAUUUUCAAUAUCUAAAAUACAAAUUUCGAAAUUAGUGACAUUUUUAAGUGAUUUACAGAAUCCUGAUGGUGGAUUUGGACGACGUCCAAAUGAGGAAUCUCAUGCUGGACAUACAUUUUGUGCUGUGGCUUCUAUAGCAAUUAUUUCAUAUCAUUUUAGUAUAGAAUUAUUUUCUAAUAUAAAAUUUAAACGUUUAGAAAGAUGGUUACUACAAAGAAUUAACUAUUUCCCUACCCACUUUAGCAACAAACAUAUUAACCCAAAUACUCAGAAUGAAGUGAAUAGAUCAAUUUGUUUUAGUGGUAGGCCAGGAAAGGAAUGUGAUAUAUGCUAUUCAUGGUGGAUUAUGAGUUGUUUUAAAAUACUUAGUCAAAUAACAAACUCUAGAUUUUUUUCAGUUGCUAGCUUACCAACUAAUGGCAAGAGAAUAAUACAAGGUAUUAUUGAACAUCAAAAUACAAGGACAGGUGGAUUUCAGAGAAUACCUUUUGAUCUCAAUGGAGUUUCCCUUGUUGAUCCUUUGCAUACCUUUCUUUCAAUAGCUACAAUAUCACUAUUAAAAGGAUCUAUGACUACUUCAUAUACAUAUGAAUGUAAUAAGGUAUCUAUAAAUCCAUCCACGUCACAAAAUCGUUACUUCAUAUGUCCAAUACUGGUAUUGCCAUUUUAUGAACUAUGGAAUUUGAAUGAAUGUCAAAGUAAAUUAAGAGACUAG